AUGGAGGACCACCGUCGACACCGAGUACACAAGGCAUGCGACGCUUGCGGGCGAAGGAAAGUUCGCUGUAAUGGCGAGCAACGAUGCCAGCAAUGUGAGCACCUGGGCCUGGUUUGCACAUACACCGAUAAUCGACUCGCGCGAUCAAGGAAGCAUGCACUUCGUCGAGGAGAAGUUAUUUCGAAGCAUAAAAUUGAAACGCCGUCAAACCCACUUCUCGCUCCGGCUUUGUCACCAGUUUCAACCUCGUACUUUGAAAGCCUGGUCCCGGAAUACAUGCAUCUCGUAUACCCAUUCAACCCCAUCAUGACCGAGGACGAGUUGCACGAUGCAAUCAGCAAAAUGGAGUCUGACAGAGAGAGCGCAGCAUUUGUAUAUGCAUUUGCCGCCGCGACGAUUGACCUGGCACAAUCCAAUCAUCCCACGUCAAGCGCCUCGACCCACAUCACCCAGCUCAUCAACCAAGCCAUCGCAACCCAACCGCCAAUGUUGCUCGGAUUCCGCCCAUCCAUCCUGCGCACAAUGACCAACAUCUUCAUCCAAAUGUGCUUCAUGAGCCUUGGCCAAUACGACUUAGGGUUUGUCUAUUUGCGUGAGGCCAUCACCAUGAUCCACCUCCUGCGCAUCGAGGACAAGACUGUUCUCGGCAGUCUGCAUCUCACAGAACGAGCCCGGCGCCAACGCCUCUACUGGUUAUGCUUUAUCCAUGAACGAUUCAUUUCGAUCGUGCAUUUCUCUCCAGCAACCCUAUCCCCAAAUGUUUCCUUCCCGGAGGCUGACCCCAACCUACCCCCCGGUAUCUCCCAGGGCUGGACCCAGGUCAUCAAGACAUUCCUCAUUUUCGAGCCAACCUUCAUCAAUCUCUGGAUUGGGGACAGAAGCCAAGUCUCAGCGAAGUGGGUGGAGCAAAAAUACCGCGAGCUAGACGACGCCCGUUGGGAACUCGAAGUCUCGAUGUUAUCCGAGACGCAGCAAGCAGAUCUUGUCAUCACCAGACAAUGGAUGCGCACUCUGCUCUGGCAGAUGGCCAUGUCCAACUGGCUUUUGUCCUCUCAUCCUCUAUGUCCUUCAUUGUCCCUUGAACUCCCGCUCCGGCUCUCCGGUCAGCUGAGGCAAUUCCUGACUAAGAUCUCGCAAAAUACAAUCCGCGUGCACGGAUCCUCGAUCCUGACCAAGCUGGUGGAGAUCAUUAAUACUAUUGCUGAUGUGGUUAUUCAUCUUCCGCAGGCCACGCUGGAGCAGACGACUAGUCGUAUUGGAGACAUUGUGUUUAUGAAGCGCGUGGUGUUCUCGUUUCAUAAUUUGCAACAGGUGUCGAAGGAUAUUCUUACUGAGAAGUUUUGCUUGAUUAGCGAUCGAUUUCCAGGGAUUGAGGCUGCCUGUCAGUUGACUGUUUAG